UAAGAAAACAAAACUUUCGAGCGCUUUAGUGGUAGCAUUUCUAGUUACACUUUUUUAUGGCCACAUUGGUUUUUGGUAUUAUUUUUUUUAACAAUUAUCACUAAUUUUUUUAGUGGUUUCCUUUGUAUUAAUUCGAACUGUAUUAGCAAAUAUUAUUACAAUAAAUUGUAGCUAAUAUAUUAUUUCAAAUACAGGUAUGGGUGGGAGGCUGAGGCCGCGGCGGUUGUGGACGAUGUGAAGAAGAAUCCGGCUGCAGCAACUGAAGGAAUCGUGAUCCGAAGACGGUUACAACUCAUGAUGUAUAACAACAUGUUCAGAAUCAUGUUCGACAGACGAUUCGAAAGUGAAGAUGAUCCCUUGUUCUUGGAACUCAAGGCGUUGAACGGUGAGAGGAGUCGAUUGGCGCAGAGCUUUGAGUACAACUAUGGCGAUUUCAUCCCUAUCUUGCGGCCGUUUUUGAGAAAUUAUUUGAAGUUGUGUAAGGAAGUUAAAGACAAGAGGAUUCAGCUCUUCAAGGAUUACUUCGUUGACGAAAGGAAGAAGAUUGGAAGCACUAAGAAAAUGGACAACAAUCAGUUGAAAUGUGCCAUUGAUCACAUUCUUGAAGCUAAAGAGAAGGGUGAGAUCAAUGAAGACAAUGUUCUUUACAUUGUUGAAAACAUCAAUGUUGCAGGUAUGCCCUAUUUAUUUAAACUAAUUAUAUAUUUCUUUAAUAACAUAGUUAUAACAUACACCUAUGUUAAAUAAAAAAAAAUUAAGCAAGACCUUUUUAAUAAAUAAAGUAACAAAGUUUUGAAAAUUUAAGGUGUUUUAAUACUUUCAUAUGUUAAAUUAAAAAAAAAAAAAAAC